AUGUCGACCUCCGUCGAGUUCGACCAUGCAUGUGCGGGAGAGGCCCUGGCCGAGCAACUGCGGUACAACAAGCAUGUCAGCGAUAUGGGGCAGGAGCAUGACCUGCUGCCGGCGAGCGUGGAGCAUGUUACCCGCGGAAAGGCUGUCGACGAAAGUGACGACUGGCACUUUCCCACCGAGGAAGAGCGCCGAACCUUGCGCCGCGUGUCGGAAAAGAUGAACUGGCCCGCCUUUGCGAUUUGUGUGUGUGAGUUUGCCGAGCGAUUCAGCUACUAUGGUGCUACGCAAGUGUAUUCGAACUUUAUUUCCAAGCCUCGUCCCGUUGUACAUGGUGCGCUGUCGCGCACGGGCGCCAACAAGGGCACAGACUCGACGUCUGGCGCGCUGGGCCUCGGCACAGUUGCCUCGCAGGGACUGACUCUGUUCAACUCGUUCUGGUGCUCUGUCACGCCGCUCUUGGCCGGCUGGCUUGCCGAUGCGUACCUGGGCCGCUUCCGGAUCAUCUGCUGGGGCACAGGUAUUGCGCAGGUGGGCCACAUCCUUCUGACCGUGUCGGCGAUCCCAGGCGUGAUGGACCACCAGCGGGGUGCUGAGGCGUGCUUUGUCAUGGCGCUGAUUAUCAUGGGCACCGGCACGGGUGUGUUCAAGGCGAGCUGCCCUGUGCUGGUGGCCGAGCAGAUCAAGAUCAAGCAGCAGACAGUCAUCACGCUCAAAUCUGGCGAGAGCGUCAUUGUCGACCCCGCUCUGACGACCGCGCGCACGUACAUGUGGUACUAUGAGAUGAUCAACCUGGGUUCGCUCGCUGGCCAGCUGGGUAUGAUCUAUGCGGAGCAAAAUGUCGGCUACUGGCUGGCAUACCUGCUUCCGACGCUUGUCUUUUUCCUGCCGUUCCCUGUGCUGUGGUUCGGCCGCCACUACUACCGGUCAGAGCCGCCGAAUGGCUCCGUGCUCACGCAGGCGUGUGGUGCGCUGUGGCUUGGCAUCCGGCACACGCUGAGCUGGAACCCGUGGACGUUCCUGAGAAAGUACGGCUCGGAGGAGUUCUGGUCAUAUGCGCGCCCAUCGACGUUCCGCGGCGCAGUGAGGCCCCGGUGGAUGACGUACGACGACCGCUGGGUCGAUCAGCUGGACCGCGGUGUAAAGGCAUGCAACAUCUUUCUGCUGUUUCCUCUGUACUAUCUCUGCUACAACCAGAUCACCAACAAUCUGAUCGUGCAGGCUGGCCAGAUGGACAUGAGCGGCUCGCCGAACGAGCUCGUGUCGCAGCUCGACCCGAUUUUUAUUAUUGUGUUUGUGCUGCUCUUCCAGUUUGGGCUGUACCCCGCGUGUGAGCGCUACAACAUUCCUUUUACACCGAUCAAGCGCGUCGCGAUCGGGUUCUUCCUCGUGAGCUUGGCGAUGGUGUGGGCGGCGGUGCUGCAGCACUAUAUAUACCGGACCAGCCCGUGUGGCACGCACGUCGGCGACCAUGGCUACCGCGCGCCGGACGGCUCCGAGUGUUCGAGCCUGCAAAACUCGUCGCCGCUGAGCAUGUGGGUAUCGUCCGGCUCGUACGUGCUGAUUGCGUUCAGCGAGCUGUUCGCAUCGGUCACGUCGAUGGAGGUCGCGAUGGUCAUGGCGCCGAAGAACAUGCGCUCGAUUGUCAUGGCCAUCGGCACAUUCAUGUCCGCCAUUGCCUCGGCCAUCGGUGAGGCGUUCAUUGGACUGUCGCAGAACCCGAACUGGGUCAUCAACUAUGGCCUAUUCGCCGGCCUUGCGUUCGUCGGCGGCAUUCUGUUCUGGCUGUGCUUCCGCCGCAUCGACCAGCAUCAAGACUCGUUGAACAUGGUCGGGCAGGAGACGUUCGAGGAGCGGGUCGCGCGAGGCGUGGAAGCCGCGGAGCCGGGGCCGCGGGCCAGCGAGAAAGCUGACAUAGCUGCGUAG